AAGUGUUGGUUUCAGGAGCUCUGCACUGGGGAGUUUGCACUAGCUGCAAGUCUCUGUCUGUGAUCCUCCCCUCCUUGGUGCACAUGUAAUAUGAAACUUCACAUCUCCAGGACGACCAACAACAAAAAAAAGAGAGAGAGGGUGAAAGAGAAAGCGCAGGCACAGAGCAGCUGGCUGUCAGCAGCAGGGAAAAGAGGAGCUGAGGGAGGAAAGAGAUAGGAAGCAGAGAGGGUGAAAAAAUGUGGGGGGGGGGAAGAGCUGACAUGAAAUGACAACAGAAAGAAAAACACGAAGGACAAAGGGACGGCUGGUUCUGCAACACUACUUGGUGUUACAAAACGUGGGUUAACCCAAGCAGGAUGUCUUCCAAGGAAUUUCUGAAUGAACUCUAUGCUCUUGGUAGCAAACUAUGGCUCAAGCUCGAGGGACUACCCAAGGCUGAACCUUUGGAGAUUGUGUUCUUCUUUAUCAUCAUCUUGUUCAUUGUCACAGUACUUUCAAUGAUGAUCAUAGCUUGCAGUGUUUGCUGUGCCCGCUGCUGUAAUGGAACACCUGUUCACAAGGCUAGGAGGAUCCAGGUUCAGCCGGCAUGACUAUGUAUGAGAAUGCAUUAAAAGGGUGUGGAGGUACUGAGGAAUGUGCGCAGACUGCUGCCAGCUGGCACCACAAUACUCUUCUACAAGAUAGCAGAUGAGAGCACUAAGGAAGAGCAGUGAGAAAGAAACCUCGUCCUGUCUAGGGUUUUAUGCCAUGGUCACCGUAGGGCACUGAUGAAGCGAUGGAGUUCAGUAUUUCUCUCUCUGCCCCUUUGCAGACAGUUUACUAUCAAGACGAAGAUAACUGCAUCAUGGCUGGCCAGUGAGAUAAGCCAUAGAAGUGUGCAAAAGUGCCACAAGCAAGUUAGCCAGGACUAAGACUGUUUAUACUUCUCUACCUGAGGGGAGUACCAGGAAGAUGUUGUAUCACCUUUUGUCCUGAAUGGAUGACUUGAUCAGACAUCACAUGCUCUUGUAUUCUUGGCACAACUAUGAACCAAAAACUAAUCCCUGUGUGUUGUGAUCGGUUUCUAUUGCAACACAGGGGUUAAUUUCAGAGACUGUGAAGAAGAGCAUCAGUAACAACUACCCCCCCCAUCCCACACUGCCUCCAUUAAGGAAGGAAAACUGCCAAAGAGAGCAAACAAGACAACGAGCCAUCUUCUGUGAAAGGAUGAAAACAAAAGGCUGCCGAGCCCCCACAACACUAUGUCGUUUUGCUUCCCUGCCUGAAAGUGAAUAUUUUCCUCUUUCAAAAUAUGUAUUACACAUUUGGGGUUUUUUGUUCUCAUUCAAAAAAGCCUGCCUUGUUUCCAUGUUACAAAGCAGUUCUUUAACACGGUGAAAGGGGAACAACAUAUUGUUUAUAUGCUUGGGGUUUAUAGUUAAAUGCAUUCUCUUAAAUAUAUGUGAUAUGAAUAGUUUAUACUUGUGGCAUUAAUACAUCUUAUUUAAUUAAGGCAGCUGUGCUGGGAGGGCUUACAAAAAGAGGGACAAGGAUAAACUACUUUUAGAGUAUUACUUUAGAGUUAUUUGUGGAAAGAACAUAAUAAAAAUGUUAAAUUCUUUGAUUCA